AUGGCAGAAAACAGGAAAGAACUUGAAGAAGAAGCACAGAGAUGGAAGGACCAAUUAGGAUUGUACGGCUUAAAGCUCAACACAAAGAAGACAGAAUAUAUGGAAGUGGGAGGUCAAACUUCAGAAACCAUAUACAUCGAUGAGAAGCCAAUCAAGAAAACGUGUACCUUCAAGCAGCUGAGAAGUUGCAUUUCUGGUGAAGGAGGUCUUCAAGAUGAAAUAUCUGCCAGGACAAACGCAUUCUAA